AUGUGUUGUAACUACUACGGUAGCUCCUGUGGCUCUGGCUAUGGCUGUGGAUACGGCUCUGGCUAUGGCUGUGGAUAUGGCUCUGGCUAUGGCUGUGGAUAUGGCUCUGGCUAUGGCUGUGGAUACGGCUCUGGCUAUGGAAGUGGCUGUGGAUAUGGCUCUGGCUAUGGCUGUGGAUAUGGCUCUGGUUAUGGCUGUGGAUAUGGCUCUGGCUAUGGCUGUGGAUAUGGCUCUGGCUAUGGCUGUGGAUAUGGCUCUGGCUAUGGAAGUGGCUGUGGAUAUGGCUCCUACUAUAGGUCCGGCUGUUGUGGCUCUGGACCAUCUUGCUACAGAAGAUGCUAUUCUUGCUGCUAG